CAUCGACUCCCACGACGACUGCAAUUUUACUCACACUCUUUCUUUGACCAUGCCGUCUGCUAUUGUGAACCCGCCUCGUGGGAGUGGACGUCGACGCGGACGCCCAAAAAAAGCACUUUCCCGCGCUUUCUUCAAAAAUAUCAAGGCCUCGUCAAUCCCAGACAUUCGCGCUCUCUGCAAACAGCUCGACUACGAAUGUUCCGAACAACGCCAGCAUGUGGAGUUCUACAACGACGUCGAGAGAUACAGCGCGGGCUUUAUGACCACAACCAAAAUGCCUCACACACGACCCCUUCGAUGGACUAACUCGAAUCACCAGGAUCUCUUAAUUGAGAUGACGACGAGCUUCUUAAACGCCGAGGGCAGAGGAAUGUUCUAUUGGCCUGAUGAUGCAGAGCAUGAAGACUACGGUCGUCGGCAUCAAUACGUAAAAGACUCCCGCAUAAUUCUACAGACAAUGCUUCAGCUGUUUUUUCAGAUAACAGACGAAUCCCCUAACGACCACACUCCAGCGAUGGCUCCAACUAGUAACGUGGAAGCGGGAGAUGCCAAUCCUCCAAUUCCCGAACCAGAACAGGCUCCAAGGCAAGAAGGUCCAGAUCACGUUUAUCCUCUGGGCCCUGUCCAUAUCAAUGUUAAUAGAGAGGGCGCGAUUGAUGAUCCCAUCAACUUGGACAGUCUCUCCCACAACAAUGAAACUGGACCUGAGGAAUAUACAUUAACGGAGGCAGCUGAUAGAGUCCCCCUUCGGCGCCCACCAAGGGCAUCUGUGGAGGAUGCACUUGACGAGUUCUUUUGCCAGUCUACGAACGUGACCAAUGAUCCACGAGAUCGAAACUCCAGUCCGGACGAAUUAGCCCCCGUCGCCAGCCCUCGCACUAAUGCUCCGUUCCCAACCGAGUCCAACGCUGAUCGUGGACAGAGCCAAAACAACAGCAAGCGGCCUGCUCAAUACCCAGAGGGUGCACAGAACCGUCCUACGAAACGCCAAAAGGGCAAGCAGCCCAUCUACGGUGGAUUCAAUGGUCGCUUUGGUGACCUUUCGCAUGAUGCACGUCAAUCUAAUGGUCACACAGUCCUUGGUUCUCGAUCUAGACGACAGUUCGGACAGCGGCGAGGAUCACUCAACAGUGGUAGAGGCGAACCAAGCCGAGUCAAUGCAGAUCGACCAUUGCUUGUUAACCCAAACCAGACCGUGAAGCCAAAUCAGGGGCCAAAAACGAGUGGUGGCCUACUGUGCACUCUGCCGGUGUCACGACAACGUCUCGAGGGCUUAGCGGGAGGAUGUGGAAACAACAUGCAAGGAGGACUCUCGAGUGCAUCUUCUUCCCAGCAGUCGCAACUUGUCCCUUUGCGCGACCCAGGGCCUUCUCAGCAAGGAACAGAGAGAAACAUUUAUCCUGCAGGCACAGCAGAGUGGCCAGGACCUGGUUCGUUUGAGUGUGCAUUGUCUCGCGACUCUCGGCCACCAACGGCAGUGAAAUUGCUGAAGACACACCUUGAUUUCAGUGUGACUAGCCCAGGAGGUAGGAACAGUAACUGGGUACCAAGAAUUGGGCUCAGUCAAAUGUCCCUGCGGCGGCUGGUUGAAGAGGUUCCUCUUCAUUGUGACUUUUCAUGGCUGAGGAUUUCGUUGCAAAUGCCCGGUCUGAUUGUUGACAGGGAUAUCUCCGUUGGCGACGAAGAGAGAUUCCAGGUUGUUCUGGCUCGAUUUUCAGACAUUAUUAAUGCCUUCAAACGUGAACACGCCGAUUCUAACAUGCUCGUUGUUUUUGAGAUUGUGAUUCGGGCUCUGGAGGGGUGUGGAAGGGAUUAACGACAGAUUGAUACGGGAGACACGGAAUUCUCUUCUGCAUUUGGACUAUAUGAUUGCUAUACUUAGAGUAACACGAUUUUUCUUGUA